UUUAAAGAGAGUACAUUUCAAAAGAAUUUGAUCUUUCAGAAAAAAUGAUCUCGCUUAUUAGCCGUUGAUAAUAUCAGCCCCUCAAAUGGACGUCAUAACUCCCUCCAGGAACCUGACCCAUGUCGAAAUAUUUGCUGGUCAGCUGACUGAAGCUCUCUCUCUCUCUCUCUCUUCUACUCAAAUCAAGAUGAAGUUACUAAUUUUGCUCAACUUGCUCCUCUUCUGUCACGUUGCAUCUACAGUGAAACACUCCCUGAAAUUUUUCCUUACUGCAACUUCUGGAUUCCCAAACUUCCCAGAGUUUGUAGCUGCUGCGAUGGUCGAUGAAGUGCUGAUGGGUUACUGUGACAGCAACAUCAAGACCCCAGAACUCAAACAGGACUGGAUGAGGAAACUAAUAAAGGAUGAGCCACAACAACUGGAGUGGUAUUCUCAGGAGUGUUUUACUCAGCAGCAGUUCUUCAGAGACAUCUUGGACAGCCUGAAGCAGCGCUUAAACCAAACUGGAGAUGCCCACAUUUUACAGAGGAUGAACGGCUGUGAGUGGGACGACAAGACUGGAGAGGUUGUUGGUUUUAGUCAGUACGGUUAUGAUGGAGAAGACUUCAUUGCAUUAGACCUGCAGACGCUGACAUGGACCGCUCCAAAACAACAGGCCUUCAUCACCAAACUUAGAUGGGAUAAUGAUAAAGCUAGAUUAGAAAAUAUCAAACACUACCUCAUCCACAGAUGUCCUGACCGGCUGAAGAAGUACCUAGACUAUGGGAGGAGCUCUCUGCAGAGAACAGAACGUCCCUCAGUGUCUCUCCUCCAGAAGACUCCCUCCUCUCCAGUCAGCUGCCACGCUACAGGUUUCUACCCCGACAGAGCCAUGAUGUUCUGGAGGAAAGAUGGAGAGGAGAUUCAUGAGGACGUGGACCUCGGAGAGAUCCUCCCCAACCACGAUGGAUCCUUCCAGAUGAGUGUUGAGCUGAACCUGUCAUCAGUCGCACCUGAAGACUGGAGGAGGUACGACUGUGUGUUUCAUCUCUCUGGUGUGGUGGACAACAUCAUAACCAGAUUGGACAAAGCAGUGAUCAGGACCAACUGGGUUCCUCCUGCAGGGUUCCCUGCUAGUCCUGUUAUUGGAGUUGUUGUAGGACUGCUGCUGCUGCUGCUGGCGGUCUGCAUCGCUGGACUCUUCAUCUGGAGGAGGAACAAUAACGGGUUUCGCCCUGGUAACACGGGGCAGUGAACAUAGAAGAGAAUGCUGAACUCCACAACUUAUCGUCUCAGAGGACUUUACAAUCUGUACAACAAAUGGCGUUCUCUACCCUUCAUUUGGAUAAAGAAAACCACCCAAACUCAUUUAGUAAAUCUCUAUAAUGAGAGCUGCUCAUCUGAUUGGAUGCCAUACUGAAGGAGGGAAGAAGUAUUCGGAUGGACUUGCAUUUAUAUAGCACUUUUCUAGUCUUCCGACCACUCAAAGCUCUUCACACUACAUGUCAGCAUUCACCCGUUCACACACACAUUCAUACACUGAUGGCAGAGGCUGCUAAGGUG